UUAUAUUGUAGCAAUAUCACUGCUUGUGUUGAAAGUACUGAACGUAUUGACAUUUAAGGAAAUAUUUGUUUUUAAAAAUGAGAAAAAGAACUGUUAUAAUAUUAAUAUGUGCGGUGUCAGCAGCAAUUGUGGCUGCAGGACUUGGUGUUCUCAUAUGGUGGCUUGUAACUAGGGACAAUAGCUACACUGUAAUCCGACUAUCAGGUGAAGGCAUCGGUGAUUCGAGCUAUACAGCAGCUCUCACCAGGAUCCACGACCAUGGUGACAUGUUCUGGUGGUUCUACCCCACAGUCGCGGCUUCCGGAACCAGUCGACCUUUAAUAUUGUGGUUAGAUGGCGUGACUGGCGUUCCACCCAGUCUGUCAGCCAAUUUAGGGAUGUUCGGACCCUACGAUAUUAAUUUUAAUAAGAGGGAAAACUCAUGGGUUGAACAAUAUAAUUUACUUUUUAUAGAUGCUCCUUUGGGUACUGGUUUUAGUACCCCCCUGUCUAAGGAUGAAAUACCAAAGACUAUAGAAGAAAAUGCUGAACAUCUCGCGACCACGUUGAAAUCGUUCUACAGCGUUCAUGGGUCUUACCGUAAUGCACCAUUAUACAUUUUUGGACAAGGGUAUGGUGCUCAACUAGCUUUGGCACUGGCAAUUGAACUGCAGAAUCAUAGACGCCUUAACCCUCGCGGUGUGGUUAUUGCCAACGGCAUCAUAUCACCAGCCCUUGUAAUGUCGAAACUCGGUUUUUAUCUUGAAGAACUAGGUUAUAUUGCUGACAAUGGCCGCCCAGCUAUAGAAACUUUAGCUAAAGACGUAUCUGAUUUAGUAACCGCUGGAAAUUAUAGAAAUGCAUUCGACGAAUUUACUUCUUUAGGAGAGUUUGUAAAUGAAAAGGCUGGUGCUAUAGCUGUCAAUCUCGCUUAUAUUGUUGAGAAGAAAACUCAAGAGACUCCGAAUUCACGGGAUUAUUUUGGCCAAUACGAGUACUUACGGCAAGUCUCCAAAGCAGAUGUUGACAUUAUGAACAGCGUCGUUGCUUCAGCCUUGGGUAUACCACCAAAUGUUACUUUUGACGCCAAUCGUGACGAUGUUAUUGAUAUCUUUAAAAGCACCUUCAUGAUCCCAGCUACGGAAAAAAUUGAAUAUAUUCUCCAAAACACAGAUGUCGCCGUUUCCAUUUAUAACGGUAAUUUAGACGCAGUGUCAAACACACCAGGCCAGUUAGAAUGGAUCAAUAAUCUUAAGUGGUCCGGUCAAGACGAUUUUAAAAAGACUUUAAGAGGAACGCUUAUUGUCAACAGCCUUGUGGAAGGCUACUUCCGGGAAACACCAAGACUUAAAUUCUACUGGAUGAACGCCGCGGGUCAAUCGGUACCACUCGACAGCCCUUCAGCUAUUAAUGUAGUCCUGGGAAGGAUAACAGCCAACUAACGAUUAAUGCAUUAAUAAAUAAAUUAAAUAUA